AAUCUCAUGAAAGGUAUAAUUUAGGAAAGAAAAAAUAUGCUUUCCUAAAUAAUGAUAAUUACCACAAGUUAAAAAAAAAAAUUUCUCCUAUUUUGGUUUGACUUAAUACGAAGUUCCACUUCUGCAGAUCAAUAAAGUCAUGCUUUUAUUCGUGUAUUAAUUUUAUUCAAAACUUGUGUUGGCACAGAAGUGUAGACUUCCAACACACAAAGCAUGAACUGGCAUUUGGAACAAAAUAAAACACGUUCAAUGAUCGAAGGAAGAUGAGUAAAAAAAACAACCUUCCCUUAAGUCUUGUAACAUUGUCUUUUGAACAAUAAAUACUUGUACAGACAAGUUGGAAUAAAAUAAAACAAACUAAUGCAUUUUAUUUGUCAUAAUCUGACACGAAGUAUUCAUCUGUUUGAGUAAACAACCUCAGUCAACACUGCACAUACGCACAGUAAACGUAAGUCACGUGACCGGCGAUGCCCAAACUGUUAAUGAUAAACGCAGGCUGAAAACUUGAAACCGAUUUUCGUGGCACAGAUCGAAGAGGCAGCUUGAAGUGCUGCAUGAAAGGAGCUUCACUCUCCAAACAUGAAGGUCCUAAACAAAGACGAACUGAAGAUCGCUGAAUCAGUGCUGCUAAAACACUUCCCGAAGAGCCUGAAGGUGUACGGUCUGUUGUACGCUAUGAACAGAAACAAACCAAGUACACUGGAGGUGAUCGUCGAUACGUGGCCUGAUUUUAAAGUCAUCAUUUGCCGUCCCGACCCCAAGAACAAGCGCGCUCUGGAGUUCAGAAAAAAGGUGGCAUACUACAGCACGGAUGAACAGGUUUUAAGGAGGAUUCUGAUAGAGGAAAAUGCAAUUGAUUGGAGCACUUAUUUCCUUAUUGGAGGAUUUGACGUUUCCCAUAGCUCCAUGCUCAAAGAGGUGUCUGCUUACAGAGAAGUCAACAGCAGAGACUUCACUUCAGUGCAUCUUCUCUAUUUGCCAGACCCCAGCCAUCUGCUCUCCCCACCUAUUGACAGUGAACUUGAAUCGAGGAUUUCAUCUCUUAACCUUUCCCACGUUGAAUUAGUGAAUAAAACUUGGAAAUUUGGAGGGAAUGCGCAGGGUUACAGAAACAUCCAAAACCUCAUCAGCAACUUCCCAUCAUGCUGCAUCACUGACGGCCAGGGUCAGCCGGUGUCCUGGAUUCUGGUGUAUGAUUACUGUGCCUUGGGGAUGCUGUACACACUGCCAGAGCACAGAGGGAAAGGCUACGCCAAAGUGUUGGUCAGCGCCAUGGCCAAGAGACUCCAUGCCGAGGGCUACCCAGUGUACUGCUUCAUAGAGGAGGAAAACACGGUCUCCUACAGGCUCUUUAAAAGCCUGGGCUUCUCAGAGGAUCCCUCGUACAAGGCAGCGUGGUUUGAGUUCAAUUUUUGCGGGUCCUAACAGUUCUUUGAUUGUAUAAAUGACAUAUUACCAGGUAAUCAUAAACUGUCCAGUAAUUGUAAUCUUUCCUGGUUUUCCUGCCAAAUAUACUGACUGCACAUUUGUCAUAUUCUGACUUGUCUAUUGUAGAGUUCGUUGGCUCUCCAAAGCAUUGCAUCAAAACAUGGGCUGUAAUAACUGUAUGAGACAAAUAACACAAUUAUAAUGCCACCUUUUCUGACAGGAACAGGUAUUUAAAGGAGACAUCCAAAUGAAAUUGAGCUGUAUUGAUUCGUGCUUUGCUUUCAAUCUGAUUCCAUAAAAUA